CCACAGGGCGGCUACGUGUUGCGUCACUGCGCGUUACGUGUAGUGGUGACGCCAGUCCCGCCUGCUGAGGUUUGUGGCGUUCGGAUUUUUCUUUGAAGACAGGAGGCUGCAGGUAACAGUUGUGCGGGAGCUGUAAGUAGCGGGAGUGUUGGGCUGUGUGGAAGUCGUGUGAGGGAACGAGCGUGCAGAAGCUCUAGCCACCGCCAUCCAUCCCGAAGUCUGCAGCUCACUCACAGCAGGGGCCCCUAAUACAAGAUGUAGCAGCUCUAACCAAACGCCCCCGUGACUUUCACAAGAUACUUCAGGGCAGUUGAUCUCCGCAGGGAAGAAGCAGAAGUCGUAGUUUGGGAGUAUAAGGAAGAUCAGAGCCCGGAGCUCAGGAUGAUCCUGUAUCAAGAGAAGACGAGAACGUGUGAGGCUUAUUGAGGCCCUCUGAUAUUCAUAUUCCCAUCUCUUAUUCAAACCUCUGACUGGUUGCUAGGGUAAAUACGACUCUAGCUACCAGAUAGCGGCUCAAAUUCCAAAUGGAAAACUGCUGAACAAACAACUGAAUAACUGAAAACCCAUAUAAAAGAAAGACCAAUAGCCAACAUGUUAUUCACCAACCCAUUGACAUCAAAGCAGACUCGGCAGUGUAUUCUGUGCAUCAGCCGAUGGAGUCACAUGUGGACAUGGAGUGUUAAGUUUGCUGUCUGUCGUCAUUGACUAACUUACGUGCUACCCCAAAGGGCACCAUGGAAAAGCUAAGGAUAGGCUUGCUGGCUUGCGGUCUCCACCACUGCGUUGCCGUGGAGGAUAAGUAAAUGGGAUCUUACCCUGACUUGAACAUGAAUCCGGUAAUCUUCUGGUCACCAAACGAGGUGGCCAACUGGCUCACAGAAAGGGGACUACAGGAAUAUUCCGAUACCUUAAAAUCUCUAUCUGGCCAGGGCUUGCUCAUGCUCAAAGAAGAUGACUUCAAGAAGCCACCCUUAUCACUAGUGUCUUCGGACAACGGCCGGCAUUUGCUGGAGUUGAUAGAAAUUUUAAAAAUAGAGCACCAUAUAGAGGAGCACAAGAACGGCCAUGCCAAUGGGCACCUCGGCAACAACAAAGCUCACCCAGUCGGCAAUUAUGGCUUUGCCAAAAAGAAUGGGAUUCCCAAUGGGUUUAGCAAAGAAAUGAUCCAAAUUCCCUUGCCGGAACCAGAGCGUAACCAGCCUUUUCCUGAUGAAUGGGGCAAGACCUUCAUUGCCUUCCUCUAUGCACUUUUCUGUUUCAUUCUCACCACGGUGAUGAUCUCCGUCGUCCAUGAACGAGUGCCUUCCAAAACAAAGGAAGCUCCACUGCCGGAUGUAUUUUUUGAUUAUUUUGACAGGGUGCAGUGGGCUUUUUCCAUAUGUGAAAUUAAUGGGAUGGUUCUUGUGGCCUUCUGGUUGUGCCAGUGGAUAUUGCUAAAACACAAAUCUAUCAUUAGUCGGAGAUUUUUUUGUAUAGUGGGUACUCUGUACCUGUAUCGCUGUAUAACGAUGUAUGUAACCACGCUACCUGUUCCUGGGAUGCAUUUCAAUUGCUCUCCUAAGCUAUUUGGCAACUUGGAGGCACAGACCCGGAGGAUACUGAAGAUGAUUGCAGGCGGGGGCCUCUCCAUCACAGGAUCUCACACGUUGUGUGGGGACUAUUUAUACAGCGGCCACACCGUCAUGUUAACACUAACCUACAUGUUCAUCAAAGAGUAUUCAUCACCGCGUCUCUGGCUGUAUCACUGGAUGUGCUGGUUCCUGAGCUGCGUGGGAAUCUUCUGCAUCUUACUGGCUCAUGAUCACUACACCGUGGACGUAGUCGUGGCCUAUUACAUCACGUCCAGAAGCUUCUGGUGGUAUCACACCAUGGCCAACCAACAAGUGCUAAAAGAGGAGAGCUCUGCAAACCUCCUGUCCCGGGUAUGGUGGUACAAGCCGUUCCAGUACUUUGAGAGGAAUAUUGAAGGUACGGUGCCGUACUCCCUGCAGUGGCCCAUAACUUCAUAUCUACAGCGUCUCUGCAUGAAGCGGCACAAGUACAGCCGACUAGUCAAUCAAUUGUAGUGGCCAAAGGAGGCCUGUGAGACGAUGCCAGACUCUUAGCAGCCGCCUCACCUUUACUUGAUCAGCACUGUGAUAUUUCUCCUCUCCAAAGGACCCAAGUGGAACCAAGAAUUUAAUUUAUCAUUUACUGUUUUCCCUUCCCUGCAGGAGAAUGACCUGCCCAUAGCCAUGUGGUGCAGGAAGGGACCUCGUUCUUCUAAUUAUUAUUAUUAUUAUAUGCUUUUAUACCCUUCUGCUUUCUCUUUUCCAGCCACGCCUGGGAAUGAAACAUUAUUUUCUUGGGAAAACAUACUUUAAUAUCACACGCCCCGAAUACAGGGCCCUAAGCCAUUUUCUAAGCGGGACUGAAGCCAGAGGUGUGUUUGGAGGUGGUGCAGGCAGGGAGACCACCCUAGGAUAGAGUCCUGCGCGGGUCCAUUUUUUGGAACCCAUAUCCAACCCGUACCCGCAACCCGGACCCACAACGCACAAUCCUACCCGCUUCGACCCGCUACCCGACCCGCAACCCGCUGCAGGCCUCUACCCUAGGACCCCAGGCACUGCAGUAUAUUCUAUUGCACCCUGCUCUUUUAUCUCUAUUCAGAACGGGGCUGCAACAGUAACACUUUAUAUCAGUCUAUUGCUCCAGUACAGUUCCCAGCAUGCACUAUGGCUGUGCCAGAAAUUGUACUAGAGAACCCCCAUGUUGCACAAGUCCCUGCACCAGGUAUUUUUGACUCCCCAAAGCCUCACUACCAAUGACAACAACCCUGGUUCCAGCUGCCAUUCAUUGUUCAAUCACAUUUUAUUGUCGUCAACUGCCAGAAAUGUUCCCAAUCCCCCACCUAUUUAUUCCUCCUGGGGCUCAGUCGCCCCUUCCCUCUCCCCCAUCGCAGAACAAAAAGUGUCGGUUUGGUUAAAAAGAAAAAAAGAGGGUUUUUUUUGUAAAAUCUUUCACAAAGUCCCAGAACUCUGUGUUGUACAACGAUUUUUUCUAAGGAUUUCCUACCUUUAUUUUUCAGAUAAAAAUGAUGUGUAUAAUCCACGACCUUUAAAGAUUUCUAUGUCAGAGAGAAAAAAAAAACAAGAUCCGAUCGGAGGAUAUUUGUAACUGUUUCUAGUGCCUUUCUCGUCUCGAUUGUAUGGUCAGUAGGCAGUCUUACAGAUUUUAAAGUAUUCUAUCACACAGUUAAAGAUAUAUAUAUAUAUAUAUAUAUAUAUAUGUACAGAGAGAUCUUAUUGCGUCUAUUUGUAAACCCCAUUUGUCCCUUUGCACCUGGAUCCCCCACCCCCAUGUUUAUAAACAAAGGGUUUUUUUUUUUGUUUUUUUUUUUAAAUUCUUACAUUUUUUUAAACAA